UCAUGCUGCUGCCAGGUCCAGAGUCUCUCAUGGGUCCCUGUACGGCCUCCCAUUGCUGCUGUCUCCAUCGCCACACUCUGCCAUGUGCCACUUUCAGGUCUCCUCACACUGCUGGUGUGUUCCAUUUUUUUUGACAUAGGGUGCUGGCAGAUUACGGGCCUCCCAUCCCAUAGCUGCUGCCAGGCCCCUAAUCUGCCAUGGGCCCCUAUACCGCCUCCUCAUGCUGCUGCCAAGUCCAGAGUCUCUCAUGGGUCCCUGUACGGCCUCCCAUUGCUGCUGUCUCCAUCGCCACACUCUCUGCCAUGUGCCACUUUCAGGUCUCCUCACUCACACUGCUGGUGUGUUCCAUUUUUUGAC